CGCACCUUCCGUUCCGCCGUGGUACUGCCACUCGUCUUCCGAUAACAUGGCGCAUGCUUACUGCCCUUGUCACAUGUGGACGUCUGGCGUCACGAUAGCGUCUACUCCGACACUGCGGACCGUCGUAUGACGAGUCGGACGUGCGCGUCGGUUCCUGAUGGUCCGUCUCUCGUGCGGCGACGCCUCUUCGUCGCUUUCACUCCUUUCUAUGUUUACUUGUAUACUGCACCUUGUAUACUUGUGCUUUGUGUACCCAGUGUCCUGCUGGUGACAUCUCAUUUGCGUAUCGUCGGGCUGUUCGUUCACGGCAGUGUCUCUGCAUCCUCCGUCGCCACGCGUCAAUCUUCGUUCUUGACGCGGCACAUCCGCAUGUGGUUAUAUAUUCUCGAGGCCCCUCCCUUCGGUGUCCUUUGCUCAUUUGCCGAUCGUUGUCGACGUCGCGCAGUCUUCUCUUUUCUGCCCCUGCCAGUCAGACCUGAAGCAUCCGUAGAUUCGGGCAUAACGCAGCAUCUUCGUCUGUGUCCCGCCCUCUUUCUUUCCCUUCGUCUCGUCUGCAUCUCUGCACGAUGUCAUGUCGUAUUAACAUUGUUUGCCCUCGCAGGCGGACAUCCACGCUCAUCCACGCACCCCCUCCGCUUCCUGACGCUCUCAGCUAGACCCUCCCGCUCGCGCUCUCCUCUCGGAUGGACACUCGGACCCUGGAUAUGCUAUCAUAGCCCCCUCGUAACGCUCUCUCGACGUCUCCGCCUGCGUACUACACAAGACACACUAUGUGGACUUUCUGCUCUGUACAUAGCGAGGCUCGUAGGGUGAGUUUCGCGUUCGUACUGUAUGUUGUAUGUUUGUUCCUGAUCCGGUUCUUGGAGUAGGAGUUUGAUGCUGUUGUUGUCCUGUACACCCCGCACAUUCAUUUGCUGAUCUCGUUCACUCAUUCCUUUUCUGAUCGCUACUUAUACAACUGGCUUUCUGAGGCAUAGAGCCGUAUUCACACGCGCACCGCGAGGGCGCGGUAUGCGAUGAAAUUUCGAUGAAACUUGAAAGGUGGUGAACAAAGCUGCGCGCGCCGCGCGUCAGCUGUGAACGCGUCGACGUCGGGGAACAGGUCACGCCACAAACGCGUCUCUGCCUCAACCCUUUGCCGCUCAUCUACACAAUAUUGUAGGACUGUCGUACACCGCUACUAGUAUGCUGCCUCGAGACUACGUGGCAAUACAACUACUAAUUAUGUUCGUACUUACGCGCCUCAAACGUGCAAGGUUGACACCAUCUGCUAAUUGUGGUUUUGCGUAA